AUUUGAGAUCUCUGCAGAUUUACAAAGCAACAUACAGAGAUAAAUACUUACACAAAAAAAUAAUAAUUCAUACAUCUAUUUCAUAGGUCGAAGAAGAUGAGCUCCGGGGAAGUGAAGCCGUUCAAGAAGAAAAAAGGGACUGUGAUCCCAAAGAAGAGAGAGUUGGUUAAGAUGAAAGCCCUCAAAGCCAUUUUCUCUUUACUCCGUUGCUCCGUUAGUAAACCGAGUUCUGAGCCUUCCGGUGAUAACGGCAAGCGCGUGUACCCCACUCGCCUCUGAUCGGUCUUGCUUUCCAUGGAUUUGAAGAUUUUUAGCUGCCCGUCAUGAUCUGUUAUCGGUUCUUCUCUCCUUCUGUUUUUUAUUUUAUUUUCUUUUUAUAUUAUAUUUAAGUAGAAGGAAGCUUACGUAGGGUGAAGAUUAUCUGUUUUUAUUUGAGUUUUUUUUUGUUUUUUUAGUCGAAUGGGAGAUAAUUCAUGAAUUCAAUAUGUUUAUUUUUAUUUUUUGAACCUGAUGGAUCAAUAUGUUUGAUCUCUUUUGUUUUGUAAAACCCACCAUAUGUGAUGAUCAUGAGGCAUUGUGACUAGUUAUGGUACUAGUUACUUGGCUUUAAAACAUACUCUGUUUUUAUUGCGAUUAUAUAUUAUUGUUAUGAUCAUAAUUCAGAUG